AUAUCAAUUAAUUACUCACUAAAAGUGGUAUACCAAAUAAUUUCCAUUAUGAUCACGAUUCAUUAACAAUUACAAUGCCAUAAUCCAUAACGUAGAUGGAAUUGCAUGCGUAGAAGGAAUUGAAUAAUGUGCAGAAGAGGGACCAAACCAGCCAGCCCAGGGUAAAGUGCAAACCAUGCAACCACAGAUGCACCUUAUACUUUAAGUUCCAUUUCUCAAUAUUAAGUGCAACAAAUUGAUAUCUUUAUGCAUCUAUGCUCUUUCUUUCAAUAACCCUAUGAUAUCCCUUCUUGUUAAUUUCUUAACUUGUAACCAAACAUUAAUAUGGAUCUUGGAGGCAAGCUUUUCAUCACAUUAGCUACCUUUGUAGCAAUUUUCUCAUCCAAUCAUCCAUUGGUCAAUGAUAUUACCCGGGAUGUAUUAUCGUCCCCUCUAAUUAGCUGGAUAAAUAAUUUGAUCUCUUACCAGUACGAUUAUGAUUAUGGACACGAUUAUAUUUAUAAUCACCACCACCACCACCAUCAUCGUCGUCAUGACGGUGGUGAUGAAAGAAAAGUGACGUCGAUAUGUGACGAUUUUCCGACUGAUUUUCCACCGCCAGAUACCAACACAACGUCCACUAUUUGCGUCGAUCGGAAUGGUUGUUGCAAUUUCACCACCGUGCAAGCUGCGGUUGAUGCUGUUGGAAAUCUUAGCUCCAAAAGAACCAUCAUUUGGAUCAAUUCCGGCAUCUAUUUCGAGAAAGUGAUAAUUCCAAAAUACAAACCAAACAUCACAUUUCAAGGACAAGGCUAUACCUCAACAGCAAUUGUAUGGAAUGACACCGCCAAUUCUUCCCACGGCACAUUUAACAGCGGAUCAGUUCAAGUCUUUGCUCCCAACUUCAUCGCUAAGAACUUAAGUUUCAUGAAUGUAGCCCCAAUGCCGGCUCCCGGUGCAGUCGGAGCACAGGCAGUGGCAAUUAGAGUAGCCGGAGAUCAAGCUGCCUUUUGGGGUUGUGGAUUCUUCGGAGCUCAGGAUACUUUACACGACGAUCGCGGCCGCCACUACUUUAAGGAUUCUUACAUUCAAGGCUCUAUCGAUUUCAUUUUUGGUAACGGCAGAUCGUUCUAUGAGAAUUGCCAGUUAACUUCAAUAGCAAACCCAGUUCCGGUCGGAGCAAGGGUCAUUAACGGAGCAGUUACGGCGCACGGCAGAGCUUCCAAGGAAGAAAACAGCGGAUUUUCAUUUGUGAAUUGUAGCGUUGGCGGGAAUGGUCGAAUAUGGCUAGGCCGAGCUUGGCGGCCAUUUUCCACCGUUGUGUUUGCUUCCACUUCCAUGACUGACAUUAUAGCUCCAGAAGGAUGGAAUGAUUUUAAUGAUCCUUCAAGAGACCAGACCAUUUUCUAUGGAGAAUACAAUUGUAGUGGUGCUGGAGCUAAUACAACACUGAGAGCACCUUAUGCUCAGAGGCUGAAUGAUACCCAAGCUGCACCUUUUCUGAACAUUUCCUUCAUCGAUGCUGAUCAAUGGUUGCAACCCUACUCAUCAUAGAGGACAACACAUCAAUGGAUUUGAAUUUAGUUUGAAGAUUAUUUAAUCAUUUUAUUGUCAACAAUUUGGGUCCUUUCUUUCAAAUUCCUUGCAACAGAAUAAUUACAUUUCAUCAGUCUCAAGAGAGCUUUUGUAUAUGCUAUGAGAGGCUUUGAAGAUUGGCUAUAUUUUAACAAUUUACUCCAACAGUUUCAAAUUGAUUGUUUCAUUUUGGAACGGAUGAAGAAUUUGUAAUUACUAAUAAAUAAAUGAAUGAGUAAAUAUAUAUUAUAAAAUCGCCUUAUAAAU